UCUCAAGGCUAUUGACAAAGCUUCCACUUCAAGUGACUUGGUCUAUUUGCUUUGUAGCAAGGUGUUCGGUCGGUUGUCUUACUAUUUUGAUUGAACAAUGUCUGAAGAGUGGAAAAAACGUUGUGAAAACCAUGUAGAUGAACACAAAAGCUUGAAAUAUUUACAUAUAUCAGAUCAUCAGGGAACUCCUUACGGCUCAUCUAGUCCUGAUUUCCAGCUAUCUCCCGAGUUUGUGCUUCAGCUGAAAUCAUUACUUACUGAUGAGAAGGACACCUCGUUUACGUUCAUGAAUGAAAAGUACAUCAUCAUAAGACGCGAUCCGACUAGUUUUAUCAGCAGAUGUCUCAAGAAGUCAAUUUUAUUUCAUAUCACACCAAAACUCGGCCAGCGGUUCUGUCUUUUGAUGUUCAUUCAGUUGCGAUUUGAGGACUCAAAAAGUCAAAGUGGAUAAAAUCAACAGGAUGGAUUCCGUGAGUAUUGUCUAUUCAGCCAUCUCUCAGUGUUCAUUCGAUCUGCGUUCGUUCUCAAUCAAAAUGAAGGUUACAGGUUUGUAAAUUGGCCGCGUCCUGCACCCAUUUUGUGAGGGAUAUUACUGUAAAUUUUUUGUUUAGUCUUUUGCUAAACAACUCAAGUAAUGCUCAUCAGGAAUACUGUCCUAUUCUGACUUCUUGCUGCAUACUUCUCAAAUGCAUUCAUACAGUGAUUACUAAUGCAUUUAUUGUUCUAAACAUUUUAUUUUCAGUUUGCUUGGUUGGACAGACUGUCGACGAUAUUCUAAAUAAUUGCAAUCCAGGAAAUCAUGCAAUGAGCUGUAUUUGCGAUUAUUACAAGAAAUAUAGUUACUAAUUAACUUUGCGUACGAUGCAAUACAUCGUUCUUCUGAUGUAUUUGAUACACCAAUAAAUAAUGCCCAUGUAUUAACCUUCGCUUGUUUCCAUUUUUGGACUAUUCAUUUUUGUUUGUAGGGCUUUAUCUAAUUCGAUUUAAGGUUUAGUGCUGCUACCACCAACUUAUGGCACUGGUGUUUGUGUUUGCUGAGAUCACCAUUUUCCAUGUUUUAAAAGUGAAUGUUUACUAGAUUGUGACUAAAGUGCUAUAAUUUUCUUUCUGAAAUUCGAUGGAGUGUGUUUCGUCUGUAAAAAUCUUUGAUACUUCAACAUUUUGAAAGUUCUUAUGCAUUAUUAUUAGCUUGCUUGUUUUCAUGAAAUGGUUUCAUAUAUUUAAUAAAAUUUUAAAUCGCUAAACUAUCGCCACUACCUGAAUAAGGGCACUGUAUUUUGUUAUAAUUGGAUUAUUAAAUCAACGCCUUUGCUAC